AGGUAUGCAGCGGCUACAGUGCUACCAGUGAGACUGGGCAGAGGGUGUGACCGGGGAAGUAGCCCAUCCCUCAAUUUCAACAAACCAAAAGCACCUCCCUAUCAACGCCACGCCCCUGCUUCCAUGGCAACCGGCUUGUUUAAUGUCAGACAGGGGACCAGAGCCGGGCAAGUUGCAGGGAGCAGGGGCACCUCCAGCAGGUUCCGGACAGAUGGAUUCCAACAAAACUUUCCACUUUCUGCCUGCGGGGCAUCUACACGUCCAGUUGCCUCCUCUUACGCUCCCGGUUCCCUCUACAAGCUCUGCCAGCAGUAAGCUGAUGAAGUACAAAAGAAGCCGGGAACAGCAGAAGACCCUUAAUGAGAUCAUAAUGAAGGAAGCGUUAAAGGCCUAUGAGGAAACUAUAACCGAGAAAAAGAAGAGAGGGUCUAGACCCCCGCAGCCCCAACUCCCAUCAACUAUGAACAGUGAGCAGCGAAAAAUCAGGAUGAAUUACCUGUACAUGAAGAAGCGUGUGGAGUGCGGCCCAGUGGUGCCCAUUCAGAAGCACUGGUUAAACUCUAUGCUGGCCCUGGUACCCAAGUCUCUGCAGAAAGGCAAAGACAGGGAGGCUCUUGUGGCGGAACUUUUAGAAGAAAUCUCAGGAGACUUUGAGAAAAGCAUGAAGAAACACCUGGUAAAAAGUAUUCUAGUGAAACCAGAGGUGAAAGGGUUGGAAGAAGAAUCUGGUCUCUUGCCUGAAUUUCCUACGGGUCUGGAUUUCUCCAAACCUUGGCAUCAGAGCUUUGUCCAAGCAAGAAAUGAGAUCAGUAAGAAUCUUCAUCUCCUCCACCCAGCCAUUCGGACCAUACUUGAUCUGGGCUACACCACUUUCUCCAGUCUGCUCAUUGACGACCUGGCUGGAUACAGAUUGAAGGGCCCCAUUGAGUGUGAGUCUCUAAAAAACAGCGUUUCCUUGGCUUGUGCAAAAACUGAGGAGAAGCUAAUGAACACCUGGUACCCAAAGGUUAUCAAUCUCUUCGCCAGCAAAGACUCCUUAGAGCUUAUUAAGCCUGACAAAAUAGAUUCCUUUUAUAGCUGUGUCUCCACACUCAUGUCCAAUCAGCUGAGAGACCUCUUACAGAGAACAGUGGAGGCUUUUGUUAAAUUAUUUGACCCUGGAGAUCUGCAGUAUUUGCCAUUUUUCAAAAUGGAGCUCACUUUUGAUGAUGAGAAAAUGGAGUUCUAUCCAAGCUUCCAGGAUUUAGAAGAAAGUGUUUUAUUUAUAGUGACCCGGAUCUCAAAAACCCUGCAGAAUGUUCAAACAGUGCAGUCCUGGCUCUCUGGCAGCAACACAGUCCAGACUAUUGAGGCCAGUCUCUCUGACUAUAUCAUCCAGGCAGCUGCUCUGAAGCUGAAAGAAGCCGUCCAUCACAAUUUAAAGGAGCCCAUGAGGCAUUUUGAAACAUAUGUGGAAAGUUUCAGCUGGCUCGUAGACGGUUCGGCCAGUGAGAAAGUGGAGAUAUUCCUGACAGAAGAACACAGCUUUGAUGACUAUACAGGGUUUAUAGAACAGUUCCACACCCUAGCCAGGGAUAUCGUAGCACUUCCAACACGGGCCUAUUUCACUAUGGUGCAGUUGGACUGUGAUGAUUUGAAGCAAGGUCUGGCUGAAAAGGCAAAAAGUUUUGCCAAUAUGUUAUUGGAAAGACUGGUGACAAACCACAGAGUGGAGAAUGAGGCAAUUUGCAUGGAAUUUGAGUCAAUUAAAGAGCAAGCAUUAAAAGUUCCUGUUACGACGGAAGAUGUGAUAGAGGAGAUCUCAUUUGUCGAGCAGGCUAAGACUAAAGGCAUUGUGGAGCUAAAGGCCUGUAUCAAUGAAUGCCAGCGGAGAAUGUAUUACCUUCUAGAUAUAUAUUUCUUUUUACCCGAAGAUCUUGCCCUGAACUCAACAGUAUUACUCUGGCCACAGAAUAUCAACGCAGUAUUUGAUGAAAACGAUGAGCUGAUUGAAAAGGCCAAGCGUAAAGGUGAGAGUGAGUUACUGGGGAAGAGGGAGAAACUGAUGCUGGAGCUGGAGAAGAUGACUCGUCGGAUGGAAGAAUUUGCAGAGUGUACUGAGCUAGAUAUGAUGCAGCAGUACGUGGCUGAUGUGAGGACCGUGCAGAAGCGUAUAGCGGAUGCAGAGGAGGUGGUGGCUUAUAUUAAUAAGGAAGAAGCGCUGUAUAAAUGGGACCUGACAACAUAUCCUGAGCUUGAUCAUUUGAAAGUCAACAUUGAACCUUAUCAGAAACUGUUUGGACUGAUUUAUAAGUGGCAGAGAACGGAGAAGAAGUGGAUGGAUGGAGCUUUCCUUGACUUGAAUGGGGAAAGCAUGGAUGCUGAGGUGGAUGAGUACUACAGAGAGGUUUACAAGAUGAUGAAAUUGUUCCAGCAGAAGCAGAAGAAGGUGGAACAGGAGAAGAAAAAGGCCGGCCGUGAGCGGACACUAACCGAGGAUAAGGUGGAAGAAGAGACAAAGGAAAGCCGUGUAAUCGUCAUGUUUUCAUCUAUCAUGGAGCAAAUCAAGGCUUUUAAGGAAUAUGUCCCCUUGGUGAGUAUCCUCUGUAACCGCGGAGUCAGAGCCCGUCAUUGGCUUCAGAUGUCAGAGAUUGUUGGAUAUGACCUCACGCCGAACUCCGGCACGACCCUGAAGAAGGUUCUGAAGGAGAAUUUAACUCCCUAUCUAGACAAAUUUGAACAGAUUAGUGCUGCAGCUAGUAAGGAGUACUCUCUGGAGAAAGCAAUGCAUACUAUGGAAGAUAUGUGGGACUCUAUUUCUUUUAGCACCAGCUCCUAUAGAGAGUCGGGGGUCUCCAUCCUAUCAGCAGUAGAUGAAAUCCAGACCACGCUGGAUGACCAGAUCGUAAAGACUCAAACAAUGCGGGGAUCUCCUUUCAUCAAGCCCUUUGAGAAAGAAAUAAAGCAAUGGGAGGAACGACUGAUACGGAUCCAAGAAACGAUUGAUGAAUGGCUGAAAGUACAGGCCCAGUGGCUGUACCUAGACCCCAUAUUCUCCUCCGAGGACAUCAUGCAGCAAAUGCCUGAAGAAGGGCGGCUCUUCCAGACAGUGGAUAAGAACUGGAGAGAGAUCAUGAAACACUGUGUAAAGGACCCUAAGGUCCUAAGUGCAACCUCCCUGACUGGGCUCCUGGAGAAGCUUCAGGACAGUAACGUACUUCUAGAUAAGAUCAUGAAAGGACUAAAUGCUUAUCUGGAAAAGAAAAGGCUUUUCUUCCCACGCUUUUUCUUCCUGUCUAAUGAUGAGAUGCUGGAGAUCCUGUCUGAGACGAAGGACCCACUGAGGGUCCAGCCUCAUCUGAAGAAAUGCUUUGAAGGGAUCGCUAAACUGGAGUUCCUCCCCAACCUGGAUAUCAAAGCAAUGUACAGCACUGAGGGAGAACGGGUGGAGCUCAUUCAGAGUAUUUCCACCUCAGAGGCACGAGGGGCUGUAGAGAAGUGGCUCAUCCAGGUGGAAGAUGUCAUGCUGCGGAGUGUACAUGAUGUCAUCGCUCGGUCAAGAAUGGCGUAUGGUCAGACUCCGAGGAAAGACUGGGUGAGAGAAUGGCCAGGCCAGGUUGUGCUCUGUGUCUCUCAGAUGUUUUGGACAAGUGAGGUUCAUGAAGCUAUCGGCAGUGGCCCUGAGGGCCUGAGCAAUUAUUAUGAGAAACUGCAGUUGCAGCUUAAUAAUAUUGUGGAGCUCGUACGAGGCAAAUUGUCCAAACAGACACGUACCACACUGGGAGCUCUGGUCACUAUUGAUGUCCACGCCAGGGAUGUAGUGAUGGAGAUGAUAAAAACAGGAGUUUCCCAUGAGACAGACUUCCAGUGGCUGGCACAGCUGCGGUACUACUGGGAGAACGAGAAUGCCAGAGUGCGGAUCAUUAACUGCAAUGUGAAGUACGCCUACGAGUACCUGGGAAACUCUCCACGAUUGGUCAUUACACCGCUCACAGACAGAUGUUAUAGAACUUUGAUUGGUGCUUUUUACUUGAACCUUGGCGGAGCUCCUGAGGGUCCGGCCGGCACUGGAAAGACUGAGACUACAAAAGAUUUGGCCAAGGCGCUAGCUGUGCAGUGUGUGGUUUUCAACUGCUCUGAUGGACUGGACUAUAUCGCAAUGUCCAAGUUUUUCAAAGGCUUGGCAUCAUCAGGAGCAUGGGCUUGCUUUGAUGAGUUUAACCGCAUUGAACUAGAGGUGCUGUCUGUGGUGGCCCAGCAGAUCCUUUGCAUCCAGAGAGCCAUUCAAACCAAGAUGGACAUGUUCAACUUCGAAGGGACAGAAUUGAAGCUUAAUCCAAACUGCUUUGUAGCCAUCACCAUGAACCCUGGCUAUGCAGGGCGUUCUGAACUGCCAGACAACCUGAAGGUUCUUUUUCGCACUGUAGCCAUGAUGGUUCCCAACUACGCCCUGAUUGCUGAAAUCUCCCUAUAUUCAUAUGGAUUCCUACACGCAAAGCCUCUCUCAGUGAAGAUUGUAAUGACAUACAGGCUGUGCUCUGAACAGCUCUCCUCUCAGUUCCAUUAUGAUUACGGUAUGCGUGCAGUGAAGGCAGUGCUAGUGGCUGCCGGGAACUUGAAGCUGAAAUUUCCUGACGAGAAUGAAGAUAUUCUUCUCCUGCGGUCAAUCAAGGAUGUGAAUGAGCCCAAAUUCCUUUCUCAUGAUAUCCCAUUAUUCAAUGGGAUUACCAGUGACCUGUUCCCUGGCAUUCAGCUUCCAGAAGCGGAUUAUAAGGACUUACUGGAAUGUGCUCAUCAGUGUUUUGCUAAGCACAACGUGCAACCGGAGAAGGUCUUCCUGGAGAAGAUGAUCCAGACCUAUGAAAUGAUGAUUGUGAGACAUGGGUUUAUGCUGGUUGGAGAACCAUUCUCUGGGAAAACGAAGGUCCUCCAUGUCCUCGCUGAUACCCUGUCUCUUAUGAAUGAACGAGGAUGUGAAGAAGAAAAAGUUAUUUACAGGACAGUGAAUCCCAAAGCCAUCACUAUGGGACAGUUGUUUGGGCAGUUUGAUCCUGUGUCCCAUGAGUGGACUGACGGAAUUGUUGCUAACACAUUCCGCGAGUUUGCAUUAUCCGAAACUCCGGAAAGAAAAUGGGUGGUGUUUGAUGGACCUAUUGAUACACUGUGGAUAGAAAGUAUGAACACAGUGCUUGAUGAUAAUAAAAAGCUGUGCUUAAUGAGUGGGGAGAUCAUUCAGAUGUCACCUCAGAUGAGUCUCAUCUUUGAAACAAUGGACCUGUCCCAGGCAUCGCCUGCCACGGUCAGCCGCUGUGGUAUGAUUUACCUGGAACCCCAACAACUGGGCUGGGCCCCACUAGUCAAGUCUUGGCUCAACACCCUCCCUGAAGCCUUGAAGAAGAAAGAACAUUUUGCUUUACUGGAGGAUCUCUUUGACUGGCUCAUCCGACCUCUAUUACGAUUCCUCAGGAAACACUGCAAGGAGCUGGUGAUCACCAAUGAUAGUAAUGUGGUCAUAUCUCUCACCCGACUCUUUGAAAUGUUGAUUUUUGACACGGUGACGGAAGACCCAAUUAAUAAGAACAUCCGUAUCUGGAUUAUGGCCUGUUUUGCUUUCUCCGUGGUGUGGUCCAUAGGCGGCUGCUGUGAUACUGACAGUCAAGUCAAGUUUGAUGCUUUUCUCAAAGAAAUCCUAUCAGGAAAGAAUGAGCUGCACCCGAUUCCGGCAUCUGUGGGAAAAUGGGAAUGUCCAUUUGAUGACAAAGGCCUGGUCUAUGACUAUAUGUAUGAGCUAAAAUCCCGGGGACGCUGGAUUCAUUGGAAUGACUUCAUCAAAAGCACGACCAUUGGAGACAAAAACACCAAAAUUCAAGAUAUCAUUGUACCAACAAUGGACACUGUUAGAUAUACCUUCCUCAUGAAUAUGUGUAUCAAACACACCAAACCUUUAUUAUUUGUGGGGCCGACUGGAACGGGUAAAUCUGUUUAUGUUAAGGACAAAUUAAUGAACAAUUUGGACAAAGAUAAAUUCUUUCCCUUCUUCAUCAAUUUUUCUGCCCGAACCAGUGCCAAUCAGACUCAGAAUAUUGUUAUGGACAGACUGGAUAAAAGACGCAAAGGAGUGUAUGGACCUCAGAUGGGGAAGAAAUGUGUCAUAUUCGUGGAUGAUAUGAAUAUGCCGGCUUUAGAAAAAUAUGGUGCACAGCCACCUAUUGAGCUUUUGCGACAGUUCUUCGACCACGGGAACUGGUACGACUUGAAGGACACCUCCAAAAUCACACUAGUAGAUGUCCAGCUGAUUGCAGCAAUGGGCCCCCCUGGUGGUGGAAGGAAUGCAGUGACCCCGCGGUUCUUGCGUCAUUUUAACAUUUGCACAAUCAAUGCCUUCAGCGAUGAGACAAUGGUCCGCAUCUUCUCUGCUGUCGUGGCUUUCUACCUAAGAAACAAUGAGUUUUCUCCUGAGUUCUUUACAGUUGGAACCCAAAUUGUCAACAGCACAAUGGAGGUAUACAAGAAAGCCAUGGAACACCUGUUACCCACACCUGCUAAAUCUCAUUAUACAUUUAACCUGCGGGACUUCUCACGAGUGAUACAAGGUUGCCUGCUUGUCAAGAAAGAGUCGGUGGAAAAUAAACGCAUCAUGGUGCGACUGUUUGUGCAUGAAGUGCUGCGUGUGUUUUAUGAUCGUUUAGUCGAUGACGAGGACAGGUCCUGGCUCUUUAAAUUAAUAAAAGAUGUUGUGAAGGAUCAUUUCAAGGAAAAUGUUGAGUCUGUCUUUGAGCACCUAAAGGAAGGAAAUGCGCCUUUCUCAGAGGAAAACAUUAGAAACUUGCUAUUCGGUGACUACAUGAACCCUGACCUGGAAGGAGAUGAGCGCCUCUAUGCUGAGGUACCAAGUGUGCAGCAGUUCAAUGAUGUUGUGGAGAGAUGUCUGGAAGAAUACAACCAGACCCACAAAACUUGCAUGAACCUUGUUAUAUUUAGAUAUGUUUUAGAACAUCUAUCUCGGAUUUGCCGGGUCCUGAAGCAGCCGGGAGGUAAUGCUCUGCUGGUUGGAGUUGGAGGGAGUGGGCGGCAAUCACUCACCCGUUUGGCUACUUCUAUGGCAAAAAUGAACAUCUUCCAACCAGAGAUCUCGAAAAGUUAUGGCAUGAACGAAUGGAGGGAAGAUCUGAAGAGUCUCCUGAGGAGUGCCGGAGUGAAAGGACAGAAGACUAUCUUUCUCAUCACAGACACACAGAUCAAACAGGAGGCUUUUCUGGAGGACGUGGACAGUCUCCUUAACACCGGAGAAGUCCCUAAUCUCUUUGCUGUAGACGAAAAGCAGGAAAUUAUGGAGGGCGUCCGCCCGGCCGCCCAAGCUGGGAAUAAGAACGUUGAGCUUAGCCCUCUGGCGCUAUUUGCUUUCUUUGUGACUCGCUGUAGAGAGAAUCUUCAUAUUGUGGUUGCCUUCAGCCCCAUUGGAGACGCAUUUCGCAACCGACUGCGACAGUUCCCAUCAUUAAUCAACUGCUGUACUAUUGACUGGUUCCAGCCUUGGCCAGAGGAUGCCCUUGAGAGGGUGGCAGUAAAGUUCCUGGAAACCCUGGAAUUGACCAGUACGGAGCAUGAGGAAGUGGUUCCCAUCUGUAAAUACUUCCACACAUCAGCCAUAGUGCUGUCAGACAAGUUUCUGAGAGAGCUGGGGAGACACAACUACGUCACUCCUACGUCUUACUUGGAGCUGAUUGCAGCCUUCCGACAACUGUUGUCUCAGAAGCGUGACACAGUGAUGAAAGCAAAAAAGAGAUACACAAACGGCUUAGAUAAACUGGCCUUUGCUGAAUCACAGGUUGGGGAGAUGAAGAAGGAGCUGGUUAACUUACAGCCAAAAUUGGAAGAAGCCAAAGUAGAAAAUGCCAACAUGAUGAAGAUAAUAGAAAAAGAGUCAGCAGAGGUGGAAGCAAAGAGUAAAGUGGUCCGCGUAGAUGAAGAAGUGGCCACUCAGAAAGCUAGUGAGGCCCAGGCCUUGAAAAAUGAGUGUGAAAGUGAACUUGCGGAAGCCAUCCCAGCCCUGGAGGCCGCCAUGUCUGCCUUGGACACUUUGAAGCCGUCUGAUGUCACCAUUGUAAAAACCAUGAAGAACCCUCCUUCUGGUGUGAAACUCGUCAUGGCAGCGGUUUGCGUCAUGAAAGAAGUCAAAGCAGAGAAAAUAAAUGACCCGGCGGGGACCGGACAGAAGAUAUUGGAUUACUGGGGACCCAGUAAAAAGGUGCUGGGCGACAUGAAUUUUCUAAAAGACCUGCGGGAAUACGACAAGGAUAAUAUUCCAGUGUCCGUAAUGCAGAAGAUCCGCAGUGAAUAUAUCACUAAUCCCGACUUUGACCCAGUCAAAGUAGCCAAAGCCUCCUCUGCAGCUGAGGGAUUGUGCCGGUGGAUUCUCGCUAUGGAAGUCUAUGACCGAGUUGCAAAGGUGGUUGCACCCAAGAAAGCCCGACUCGCAGAGGCAGAGCAGUCAUUGGCUGAAACAAUGUCCGUGCUAAACCAGAAGAGGGCGGAGCUAAAAGAGGUGGAGGAUCGCCUGGCUGCCCUGGAGGAGACGUUUCGGGAGAAAACAGAGGAAAAAGCUCGUCUGGAAUUUCAAGUAGAUUUAUGCGCUAAGAAACUAGAACGAGCAGAGAAGUUGAUAGGAGGACUCGGAGGAGAAAAGCACAGAUGGUCCAAUGCUGCAGACUCCCUUCAGAACAUGUAUGAUAAUCUGACGGGAGAUGUCCUUGUAUCAGCUGGCGUUAUUGCCUACCUGGGGGCUUUCACCGCUGGCUAUCGGCAAGAGUGUACCAAAGACUGGAGCAAGCUGUGCAAGAGUAAAGGUAUUCCCUGCUCUGAUGACUUUUCCUUGAGUAAGACGCUUGGAGACCCGAUUAAAAUCAGAGCUUGGAAUAUUGCCGGAUUACCGACAGACAUCUUCUCCGUAGAUAACGGUGUCAUUGUGAGCAACUCGAGGCGCUGGCCCUUAAUGAUCGACCCCCAGAGCCAAGCUAAUAAAUGGAUAAAGAAUUCAGAGAGAGAGAACCAGCUGAGUGUGAUCAAACUGACAGAUUCAGACUAUAUGCGCACGCUGGAGAACUGUAUCCAGUUUGGAACUCCUCUAUUGCUGGAGAAUGUAGGAGAAGAGCUGGAUCCGUCACUGGAGCCAUUGCUGCUGAAACAGACAUUUAAACAGGGAGGCAUGGAGUGCAUCAGACUUGGAGAGACAGUUAUUGAAUAUUCAAAUGAUUUUCGAUUUUACAUAACGACUAAACUCAGAAAUCCACAUUACCUGCCAGAGUUGGCAACAAAAGUGUCACUGCUCAACUUUAUGAUCACCCCUGAAGGGCUGGAAGAUCAGUUGCUUGGGAUCGUUGUGGCAAAAGAGAGGCCUGAGCUGGAAGAAGAGAGAAAUGCAUUAAUUUUACAGUCCGCAGCCAACAAAAAACAGCUGAAAGAGAUUGAGGACAAGAUUUUGGAGACCUUACAGUCCUCAGAAGGAAACAUCUUGGAGGAUGAGAGCGCCAUUCAAAUUUUAGACUCAGCCAAGAUCAUGUCUAAUGAGAUCACCAAAAAGCAGCAGAUUGCAGAAAAAACUGAACUUAAAAUAGCAGAGUCCCGAGAGGGCUAUCGGCCUAUCGCCAAGCACUCAUCUGUGCUAUUCUUCAGCAUCGCUGACCUGGCUAACAUUGACCCAAUGUACCAGUAUGCUCUCAACUGGUUUGUCAAUCUCUAUAUCAACUCCAUUCAGGACAGCAAUAAAUCGAAAAUCCUAGAGAAACGCCUGCGGUACCUGAAUGACCACUUCACGUACAAUUUAUACUGCAACGUGUGCCGGUCACUCUUUGAAAAGGACAAACUACUUUUUUCCUUUUUACUCUGCUGCAACCUACUGAUGGCCAGGAAGGAGAUUGAACACCAGGAAUUUAUGUUCUUACUUACAGGAGGUGUAGGCCUGCAGAAUAAUAUUCCAAACCCAGCCCCGUCCUGGCUUUUAGAUAAAAGCUGGGAUGAGAUUUGUCGUGCAAGUAAUUUACAUUCAUUCCAGGGAUUGAGAGAACACUUCAUCGAGAGGCCCAAUGAAUGGCAUAAGAUAUACGACAGCAGAGAGCCACACAGCGUUCCAUUACCGACACCAUUCAAUGAAAAACUCAACGAGCUCCAGAAAAUGAUCAUUCUGCGGUGUCUGAGGCCAGACAAGAUAAGCCCGGCUGUUACCAACUAUGUCACUGACAAACUAGGAAAGAAAUUUGUUGAGCCACCUCCAUUCGAUUUAUCAAAAAGUUAUUUGGAUUCCAAUUCUACAAUACCCCUCAUCUUUGUCUUAUCUCCCGGAGCUGAUCCAAUGGCAAGUUUACUGAAAUUCUCCAAUGACAAGAACAUGGGAGGAGGUGACAAGUUCCAGGCAAUCUCUUUGGGUCAGGGACAGGGGCCCGUGGCUGCAAAAAUGAUUAAAGAUGGAGCGGAAAAUGGGACUUGGGUUUGUCUACAGAACUGUCACCUGGCUGUGUCCUGGAUGCCGACUUUGGAGAAGAUCUGUGAGGAAUUCACUAGUAACACAUGUCAUCCAGAUUUUAGACUCUGGCUGACUAGCUAUCCUUCGCCAAAGUUUCCAGUGACCAUUCUUCAGAACGGUGUAAAAAUGACAAAUGAACCACCAACAGGACUGAGGCUAAAUCUGCUGCAGUCUUACCUGAGUGACCCUAUCUCCGACCCACAGUUCUUCAGUUGCUGCCAGGGUAAAGAGCAGAUAUGGGAGAAGCUGCUUUAUGGGGUCUGUUUCUUUCACGCUUUGGUCCAGGAGCGGAAGAAGUUUGGUCCUCUCGGAUGGAAUAUUCCAUAUGGGUUCAAUGAAUCCGAUUUACGAAUCAGUAUUCGACAACUACAGCUGUUUGUGAAUGACUAUGACCGUGUUCCCUUUGAAGCCAUCUCCUACCUUACCGGGGAGUGUAACUAUGGCGGGCGCGUGACUGAUGACUGGGACCGGCGCCUCCUACUGACCACACUGGCAAAUUUCUAUAACAACGAAAUAGUGGAAAACCCCCGUUAUUCCUUCUCUUCAAGUGGGAACUACCUGGUGCCACCUAAAGGCACCUAUGACGACUACAUAGAAUUCAUCAAGAGACUCCCAUUCAGUCAGCAGCCGGAGGUUUUUGGCUUACAUGAAAAUGUUGACAUAUCCAAAGAUCUGCAGCAAACAAAAAUCAUUUUUGAGUCCUUACUCCUGACUCAGGGGGGGAGUCGUCAAGGAGGAUCGUCUGGGGCCAGUGAUAACGCCUUGUAUGAGAUAGCAAGUGAUAUUCUGAGCAAGUUGCCCAAGGAUUUUGACAUUGAGGCGGCUCUACAGAAGUUCCCAGUGCGGUAUGAGGAGAGUAUGAACACAGUGCUGGUGCAAGAGAUGGAGAGGUUUAACAACUUAAUCCGUACUAUCCGGACAACGCUACAGAACCUGCAGAAAGCCAUCAAGGGCCUGGUAGUGAUGGACUCUGAGCUGGAGGCUCUGUCUGGCAGUUUAAUUGUAGGGAAGGUUCCUGAAACGUGGGCAAAGCGUUCUUAUCCUAGCCUGAAGCCUUUGGGAAGCUAUGUCAAUGACUUUCUCGCCCGACUGAAGUUCCUACAGAACUGGUUUGAAUCUGGAAAGCCUCAUGUCUUCUGGCUGUCUGGAUUCUUCUUCACACAAGCAUUUCUAACUGGCGCCAUGCAGAAUUAUGCCAGGAAAUACCAAAUCCCCAUUGAUCUGCUGGGGUAUGAGUUUCAGGUUCUACCCACUGACUCUUCUGACACUUCCCCAGAAGAUGGAGUCUAUAUCAAUGGCUUGUUUCUAGAUGGAGCCCGGUGGGACAGGAAUAUGGGAGUGCUCGCAGAACAACAGCCCAAAAUCCUAUUUGACUCUGUUCCGAUAAUCUGGAUAAAACCAAAUAAAACAUCAGAUAUAAAGAAGACUAAGUCUUAUGUAUGUCCCCUCUACAAGACCAGCGAGCGUAAGGGCACUCUGUCCACCACAGGCCACUCCACCAACUUUGUCAUUGCUUUGCUGCUGCCAACAGAUCAGCCUGUCCAGCACUGGAUAAAGCGGGGUGUUGCUCUUCUCUGUCAGCUCGAUGACUAAAGUGAUCCCCACAUUGAUUGUUGGACUCUGUAUAUCUGGGGAAUGUUUUAAAUGCCUCUAUAAAUGCUGUAUUUGUUUUAUGACCUUGUGUAAUGACAUGUGUUUGACCUAUAGUCAUAGCGAUUGUGGACAGAAUCACAUUGGUUUAAGAGACUUUGGAGGUUAUUUAUUGACUAGGAGCAGUAACCCAUAGCAACCAAUCAAUAACUACCAAUCAUUACAGUAAGUAUAGUUCUCCUCUUCUCCUGUCACUAAAUGGCUUUUAAGUAAUUUAGAGGAUGGAGAACAGUGUGAAUGACAGGUAGAGGUAAUUGAGCUACAUCCAUGUAGAGGGGUAGGAAUACCACCGUGAUGAUAGUGAUGAUAAUGCUAAUGGACAAUUACUGAUGGAAAACUUUAUCAUUUUCCUGGUUUCUAUGGAUUACUGCACAUUCACAAUUUGUUUUACAUUUGUUUUUAUCAGUACAGGACGGAACGUGUUUUGUUUGACUACAAUUUAAGUUUAUUUGUCCAACAUUGUUAUUAUAGAUCUGUCACAGUAUUGCUAUGCAGAUUGUUAAUAUUUGAGUGAACUCGGUAAUUUUAAAUUAUUAUCCAACUUAUUAAUGUGGUUACUAAUGUGUUAAAUUAUUUCUAAUGCCCACUGACUGUUGACUACUCUCACAGAGAUAUUAUAUAAUAUCUGAAUACUGACACACAAAUAAUCAGGGUGCUUAACAAAGAGUUACGUUGAUACGGGAUAUAGGAGAGUCAUUUGGUCAUUUGAAGUUUCAGCACUGUAUUAUUGCACGUACUGUAAAUGCAGAUUAAAAUUGGAUGUUUAUAGAAGUGAA